GCAGCCCAGCCCGGCAGAGCCGAGCAUGGGGCCGCGGGCGCUGCUCGCCCUCCUGGCGGCCGCCGCCCUGGCAGGUGCCAGUGCAGUUCCAGUGGAAAAAGACCAUACUGAAGAAAUGGUAACCCGGUGCAUAGUGGAGGUCCUGUCCAACGCUCUGUCUAAGCCCAAUGCACCCCCCAUUAAUCCUGAAUGCAAAGAAAUCCUGAAGAAGAGUGACAAAGAUGACAGAGAGAGGAGUGAAAACAUACAGCCUGAAGUGAGGCAUCCCAAAGACCCAAGAGAGAUGGAAAACCUUCCUGCUGGGAGCGUGGAGAAAGAGCAAAGGCAGGCAGAAGAGGAAUCCAAAACGUACAUGGAAGGAGGUGAUGAGGAGAAACUUGCUCGUGAGGAAGGUAAAAGCAAGGAAGAGGAGGCUGGGCACCACACACCUGCUCAGGACGAGACACUUCACAUGGAAGAAAAGAAGCACUACCAGGAAAUGGGGAGAGAGGAGGAGAGGAAUUACCACAGUGAGGAGGAGAGCAAAGAGGGCAAGUGUUGUGAAGAUGUAGAGGCUGCUGUUCUCGCCAAGAAGUCCCACUCUGAGGGCAUGAGCAUGGAUGAGCUCCAUGGUGGGAAUGAUCAGAGCCCCAGGGGCCACUGGCACCUGGAGGAGGGAGUGCAGAGCCCUUACAAACAAAUUCGGGAAGGUGAAGAGGGAGAGGAAGAAAGGAGUGAGAAAUACCACCAUGAGUCUCAGGAACGUGGUUUCUCUCACCAGCAGGAGCGUGAAGAAUCUGAGGAGAGUGAAGAAAGAGAGGAGAGAAAGGAACCCUACAAACCCAAAGAUUAUCAUGGGAAGCACAGAGCGGGUGACUCCUAUGAAGAGAAGAGGGGCCGUGGUGGUGAGAGGGGGGAACCAGUGGGGGCAUCACAUCCAGGGGAGGCCAAUCUCUGGGAGCAGUGGAAGCACCGUCAGAAACAUCAGGAAGAGUCUGAGGAGAAGGGUGGCUCUGCUGGGAGGCGUGGGCCUGAGGAGCUGCAGGAGGAGAGGCCUGCAGAGCAGGGCAGUGAGGAGCACAGGGACAGCUGGCAGCAGAGCCAGGAGAGCAGGGAAGAGGAAAACAAGAGGCAUCACCACAGUGAGGAGAGCGAAGAGAAGUGGCGUGAGGAGAGGAGACACCACGACGGAUCACGCCGUUCUGAGGGGAGGAUGUACCUUGCUGAUGAAAAUGAGGAAGGGCUGGACAGGAUUCUCAGCAAGGAGAAGCAGCGUCGUGUCGGAGGGAGACCGCACUUCCGGAGCAGGGAAGAGGAAGGGUCACAGAAGGCCCAUGCUCGGGAGCACCAGGGGCAGGCCAGGAGGCACUACAGCACUGAGGACAGCCUGGAGGAGGACGAGGUGGUGGAAAAGAAGCAUCACAGCAGUGACCAGGUGGAAAAUGAAGAGGAGGAAAGAUUUGCAGAGAGGGAAGAAUACAGAGGCCAUCUCCCUGCAGAGAAGGAGAAGAGAACUGCAGCUUCCUACAGGCCUUUCUACCCACUGCUUUGGUGGAAAAGCCAGCACUUGGACAAAAGGGACAGUGCAGGGGAGCAGCUUCUGGAGGGCAGGGAGGAAGGCAGGCCCACCCUGAGUGAGAAGAGCCUUUUCCCUGAAUACAAUGACUAUGAGUGGUGGUCAGAAAAGCAGAUCCAGAGUGCUCUGAACCACAGGCGCACCGAGAAGAGGAAUCCUGGCAAAACAAACGGAUACGGUGUGGAAAGGCAGUACAACAAGAUGGAUCAACUUGCACAGCUUCUGAACUACAGGAAGAAGUCAGCUGAACUCCCAGAGCUGUACAGCUCUGGAGAAGACCUGAAGAAACGUCCCGUAGCUGGGAACGACAGAAGGAGCCUAAGCCAGAGGCCCCUGACGGAAGAGGAGGAAAAGCAGCUGGAAAACUUGGCCACCAUGGACCUGGAGCUGCAGAACAUAGCAGAGAAGAUCAACAGCCUCAGGAGAGGCUGAAGGUGUCCUCGUGCUACCCAUGUUCUGUGGUAAAUUCACUGCCACUGGAUUGUUGUUUGCCCUAAACCCAGGAAAUUCUAUUCACUGUCCACUCUCGUGUAGUGAUUUACACAGCUGAAAGUGUCUUUAAUUUGCUGUUAUGCUCCUGAGACCUGAAUGGCAUGAAUUUUAGUAAUAUAACCUUUCACGUGGGCAGGUAUUUUUAAUAUGCUUUUGGAGAUAAUUGUGUUAGUGUUCUUCAGGAAUAUAUUUGUCUGAGUUUGCAAUAAUAAAAACCAUUGAUCUUGGACCAAA